AUGACCUCGGACCCCAUUGAAGAUGAAGAUGACCGCGAAAGGCGCCAGAGAUAUGAGGAGACGGAACGUGAACUACUGGCAGUGUUGGAAGCUGAAAGCUUGGAUGAAUCUACCCGUAAAAGGAAGCUUGUGGGGCUGUUUGAUCGGUUUCGAUCGGAAUACACACAGCUGAGUGUAAAAUUGCGCGAGAAUUUGCGACUGCAGCGUCGACUCAUGGACAAAUGUCUGCAGAUGAAGAACGAACUUGUAGUUUGCGCACUCCGGAUUAAAACGACGGAGCAAGUGCACGCAGAUGAGAUCAAAAGCCUCAUUUUCUACCGGGACGAAUGUGAUCACGCGUGGAAGCAAAGUGCACUAAGUCAAGAACGAGAACGUGACGCCAUGCGCAUUAUUGAUGACCUCAAGACCAAAGUUGAGGAACUGCAACUGCAGGUCAAAGCUCUGAUGGCGAAUGGUGCGUCGGCAGCACUAUCAACUUGUCGACGUCCGUACAGUGGAGGUCCUCCUGAACUUGUGCCUGUGAGCUCACCCCAUCUGCAGCAACCCCAUCUAUCGUCUCCCAUUCUGAAUGCUACAGUGUCGCCAACCAAAAGAACGAAAUUCCAAGCUAACGGGUCGUCAAGCAGCUUUACGAUGCCAACACUGCUCUCGUUUGACGAGUGGAAGACUGCGACGCAUGUGUGGUGUCCAGCUACGCCACUGGCACUCGGAGGUUCUUCACGCGCAGCUCCAACACCCACGAAAGAUUGCAUUCGUACGUCAGAGCGUCACCACGAGAUCUCUCGAUGUGUUAGUGUGCCUACUUUGAAUCCUACUCCUAUGGAGCGCGUAAGCUCUCCACAGCAACACCAACGCCAACAGAAAGAACGGUUGAACUAUACAGGCAACGUAAGUACAACACGCGCACGAACUGCUCCAGAUCUUGCAGUUCCAACACGAUCACCACUUCAUUCUUUCGAAACAACUCCUACAGCACGACGAGGAGGCACUCCUGCCAUCAAACGACGAGCACCUCGGCAACUGCCGCAUGUGCAAUAG